CCUCGUUUUCAACAAUGAUUCUAAGAAUAACAAAGAUGGUUGCUUGUCAAUCGACACGUGAAUAAGGAUUUUUAACAUGAAACCAAGGAGGAAAGGAUCGAAAAGAAAAAAGAGUGGAAACAGGAUUCGCACGUUGUUUUUAAAGCUGGAAUUGGAAGAAGAAACAAAUCAUGAUAUAACAGAAGACAUUUUUACAUAUAUCAUACAAGCAGCAAUCAAAUCACUUCAUGGUCAGGUUUGUGCUGCUGUGCCAUUGGAAAUACAAGAAUUUGAUGAUCAGAAUCUAGAAGCAACUCUUCUUUGCCCAGAGGAGUCACUUGUAAAAGUGUGGAGUGCUCUUACUUUACAUGGAAGCCAUGAUGGCAAGAGAUGUGCUUUUCUUGUUAAAAGGGUCUCCCCCGAGUCGGAAGCAGUUGGUAAUGAAUAAUUAUGGAAGACUGACACCUUAAAAGUAGCCAGGCGGCAAACACAUUUAGAAUUUGUGUGUUUUCAUUUGUGGUAAUCUAGAUGAUACUUAUUUUAAGAUUCUGCAGAGCAGGGGCGUCGCCAAGGGGGGAGUUUGGGGGGGUGCGGUACCACUUUGUGUGUCGGCACAUUAAGGAUUUUUGCCGGUCAAAAGAAGAAAUUUUUGUACUCUUCCUGUAAUCUUUUUGCAACAAUUGCAACGUAUAAACAUUUCUGUAGUAGUUAUCAAAGUAUGGCACUAAAGUGUGAAAUUUGAAACACAAGCGCAUAAAAGCAGCAUAUAAGGGUAUUUCUCUUUUGACCACACCCUUUUUGUCGGCAAAAUUACUUCUUUACCAUCAAAAGAAUUUGUUUGGCUUCCCCCCUGCUGCAGAGGUUUCCAAUGUAAUGUAAUUUGUGUCAUGCACAUAUUCUAUGACGUUUUUAUCUGAAGAUAAGGGUGCCUCGAGUAGGUGACAAUUUCAAGAUUUCACACCUCAGCUCAGUACCGAAGUCAGUUCGAGCAAGAUGUUGAGGGGACAUUGCCCCCAGCCUUCCUUUUUCGGAGGCUUGGAGUGAAGAGAGUCGCAAGCUCCCUUUAAUUUCAUGCGUAGGAAUCGCGAGGUGUGGUCACACCGAGAAGAAAGAUCAGGACAUUGCGCUACAAGCAUACUCUAAGGUCCUUAAUAGAAGGGGGGGACGCUUAUUAAUUUUUCGAUUUUUUUCUGACCCCACCGGAGCUUAUUUGGAUCCCCCCGCUUAUUAAUUUUUAUAUGCAAUCAUUCAUAUCCCUUUUUUCAUUUGUCCUUUGUUCUUCUGGUGUGAAAUUUCUGUAAAGUUUCUCUUAAAUGAAGAGGUUGCAUUGAACAAACGUUUUAACAUAGAAAGUAGUAUAACAUCCGAACAAAUUUACUUAGGUCUGACUGAUGUACACAAGGCUUUACCAAUAAACUGCUAGGUGGAACGACGAUCGGGCUUUACCAAUAAUCCGAAACAUGUCGCCAUUAUAGUUUUUUGCACAAUCUGGGUUUUCUAGCAAAUUCUGCCCGAUAGCAGAAUCGCAGGUUUUAGCUGUAAUUUUAGAUUUGCAAGACCGAGGUGGCUGUUCUCUUUGGGGUUGGGUUUUGUUCCUAAUAAUAGAUGGAACAUGCUGUUUUAUCGUAUCCUCCAAUCUUUGGGUGGUGCGUCCUACGUAGCCAGAAUCACACUGGCACGUAAAUUCAUAUACAACAGAACUUUUUUUGUGGCAGGAACGCAAUCCUUUUGAAUGGACGGAAGGGCCUUUUUUGUACUAUAAACAACACGUGGGUUGACCGCGAAGAAACAAUUUGUUAUGGCCUGUUUUAUUUGCCUUUCAAAACGUAGGGAGCUGUUACCGAUCCAGGGUAGUUUUAGAUAGACCGGGCACUUUUGAGGACAAAAUUUUACGUCAGCUGAGAAAUUUCCUAUCUUCUCCUUAAUGUAAACUGAAAUAACAUCUUCUGGAUAGCCGUUCUCCAGAAAAAUCUUAGUUAGUUUUUCAAGUUCCGAAUCGAGUUUAGACUUGGAACAAAUCAUUAGUGCCCUGUGUGUAAGCGUUUUGAUGAGGCUGAUUUUUUUUUGUUUUGACAAAACAAACUCCAUCGAGUGUAUAACCCCGAAAAUGUGGGUGUACGGUAUACACUAGUGAGAAAUCCAGUGUCAGAUUUUUCAAUCAAAACAUCCAGAAAUGGCAAUGAGUAUUUUCUUCCUUUUCAAAUGUAAAAUUUAGGGCUGUGUGAAGGCCAUUAAGGCGUUUUAGGAAAGUAUCACACUCAGCCUCUGUUUUGAAAAUAGUAUAUGUGUCAUCCACAUACCGAAAACAGACACCUGGCUUUUGGUCGCAGUCAAACAAAAGCUCUUCAUUAAAGCCAACAAAGAUAUUGGCCAAGGCAGGUCCCAUAGGGCUACCCAUAGCAACACCAUCCUUUUGUUGGUACAUUUCAUUGUUAAAGCUGAAUUCAACUGAACGUGUUGCAGUUUCCAUCAGUUCAAUGAAUACUUCCUCUGGGAAUGGUGGGCUAUUAAGCUCGCUCCGGUACAAAGCGUCGGCACACAUCUUGAUGGUCUCAUUCAAAGGGACAUUAGUGAAAAGACUGCUAAUGUCAAAAGAACACAUGAAAGAUGUUUCGUUUUCGAAGUUCAAGUUUUGCAUGAACUCAGCGAACGAGUCCUUGAUACAAUGUUUUGAAUAUUUUUGAAGAACAGGGUCCAAAACUUCAGAAAGCCACUUAGCCAGUUCGUGUUGUGCUGAGCCAUUCAUAGACAAAAUGGGUCUAAGUGGAACAUUCGGCUUGAGUAUUUUAGGGAGGCCAUACAUUAUUUCAGUUUACAUUAAGAAGAUAGGAAAUUUCUCGGCAGACGUAAAAUUUGGUCCUCAAAAGUGCCCGGUCUAUCUAAAACUACCCUGGAUCGGUAACAGCUCCCUACGUUUUGUACCACCAAAAGAUUGUUUACCUUUUUAUCUACCAUUAUGCCAAGUAGAACCAACAUAGCAAAAUACAUAAUAGAAAAUAUUAUCGAAAAAUGUGAGAAAUUAAUUUUUAAAAAAGAUUUAGAUUAGAUGAGUCGAAUGUGUGAGAAAUGAAUUAAUUCGUAUAUGACGAAUUUCUCACCCCAGUGCCCUCCUACGAACGCGGACAGGUGAUAUUGGCCCAGUGAGUUGGAACUGCGCUGGAGGGUUUUGAGAUAUUCUGAUUGGCCAGGCAACGAUCUUGCACAUGGGUUUCCUCGUGAACUUUGGAUUUGUUUUGUUUUUGUUCUCGUUUCUUCCUGUUCUCACUCAAAUCAAAAACUGAGAUCUCAUUGAUUUGUUUGAAGAACUAAAAGCUGGCUCAAAUUUUACAAGCGACAGAUAUUUUGAAAAAUGAAGCGCAAGCUCCCUGAAGAUGAAAAGCAUACUCAACAUGGCCUGCACUCAUCUCAAAUACCUCUGCAAGCCCUCAUCAUUGCAAGAGCAAGCCCUAGGCAACCAGAAACUAAUCCUUAUAGCAACAGAGUUUUGAUUUUGAAAGGAUUGCCACACAUCAAAACUUUACAUGAAUUCAAGAGCCUUCACAUCUUCUAACUGGGUGAAUACAAGCACAAGAUUUGUUCCAACCUUCAUUUCUGUCUUGAUUAUAACAUCACAAGAAAUAUAACUUUUACAUACUUAGGCAUGACAAUUUUAUAAUUUCAUAGACACAUAGCACAAUUAAGCAACUUCUGUAAAUUAGUACUUGGUCAGACAUGUAAAUAUAAUUUUCAGUCAUAUUUUGUUUUUAAUCACAGUAGGGUUUAUAAAAGAUAUUAACUAUAAUAGUUUUGUUUUAAACAUGAUAAUUAUGUAAUAGACCUACAUGUUAGACACAGAGUAAAGAACUAAUCAUUUUUGCAA